GUUGGUCAUGUAUAGCUGCCAUUGCUCGACACAAUCAUCACCACCAUCUUAGGCAAUUAUUUUCCAAACUUCGCAACUUUGGGAGAAUUCCGCUCAACACACCUCCGUUCUUUCCUAGUAUUGUUGUAGUUGUCCUGCUUGAUCAGGACUGACCUGAUUGAGCCUGUGUAGUGGGGAGAACACACGCACACAUGCAGCGCAGUGGUGAUUGCGAGACUUGACGGCCAUUCCAUCGCAGGCUUUGUGGUGUAUCCCGGAGGUGCAAUAUUUGUUGCCUGCUCACCUUGAAAGGUGCCGUGAGCCCUUGUGACUUGCCGCCCUCCAAUGCUCCAAUACGGACUUUGGGCUUCCUUCGUCAUCCUUAACAACAGAGCUGGGUGUGUGUCAGCUCCUGCACUGAGGGCUGCCUGCUUUCGGGAUGCUUUCGAGGCUGGUGACCGUCUCGCUGACUCUCGGUGAUGUUCCGUUCCUCGUGAGCAUGAGUGCAAGCGCCACGGUGGUGACCAUGUGGAAGGAUCGACGUCCUUGUAAACCAAGUGAGAGCCUUUGAAGAGAGCAGGCCUGCUUGCCCUUCAUGGGGCCAAUGCUCACGUGGAGCUCCACCUUAGACUUCCCCUUAGUCGAUGAUGUGCGUGCGCAAGAGCUGCUCGGGUGAAGGCUUUGCGCGUUUGGCUUGUUGAAUUUUCAUAGGACGUUGAGCCAGGAGAGCAUCGAAAGCGCGUCACGAAACCAGCAAGGCCCUCAGGACGAGAGUAGGGCUUGGGAGGAUACUAUAUAGUACCUUUGUCCACUCCAUUCCCAUGUGACACGUUGGUGGGUAUCCAAACUUCAUGAGCGGCGGAGAAGCAAGGGGCCCGCCUGAAGAUCUCUGACGAGGUGUCCCAAGAAUGCAGGUUCAGGAUGGUUCAGGUACAUCAUACUAGGUCCACGGCCAAGUCGUCUCAUCUCGUAAAAAGUCGUCUCAUUGUAGUGUGACCUUGCGGGUUUGCUUUGCACAUGCAGAUUUUGUAUGUUGGUCUUGUUUGCUUCGUAUUGUUUUGAGGGUGUGCCCAUUGUGAUUCGCAUCUUAUGAUGCCCAGUAUUUUCCAACAGUUUCUGACCAUGCUCAUCCUUUUCCAUUUCCCCACCAGCCUUCGUCUCCCUGCGCGCGUUCCAACCGGCCACCAUGGCAAGCUUCUUGCACGAUCGUGGCCAUUGGCGUGAUUUGGUGCCAUGAAAAAACAUGUGUUGGGGACUGGGUCUGACCCUUUCCGCGCCUUGUAAUCCAGCUGGUCAUCGUUUCUUCUUUGCGGCGCUGGAGGUCGUAGACGAAUUUCCCGAUGCCUUUGGCAAGCUAGUCUGGCGAUGAUCGCCUCCAGGUUCCAAGUUACAGCUUCCUCACUUUAUAUUCUCAACAGCUCUGGUGUCCCGUCGUAGCGAGAGGCCCUCAUGUGUCCUUUGGAUGCUCCUUUGCAGCAUUGCUGUGAGGAUCAAGCUGUCACCUUUCUCACACGAACAAAGAACCAGGCCUCAGCUGCCAUGCAAAUUGCCCCAUGGCCGCCUAGACUAGUUUGCUAUCACUCCGAGGGUGCAUGGGCACUGGUGGCCAUGAAUAGAUCUGAACCUGUGACACUUGCACCUUGGUCUUUGUUGUAAUUGCUGUGUUGCAUGACAGGCUGCGGCCUUGCAGGUUUAGCAGCUGCGGCCCUCGGGGGGCUGGCAAUUGGGCAGUCAAGUGUAGAUAUGGCACGGAAAAACUCUGUCAAAGAAUGCAUCAGAGGUUUCAAACUUUACUCCUCGAGCGUCUUGACUCUUUGUUGCAUUGAGGUAACUCUGACUGACAGAGACGAGACCCUGUUUUUGACUCCAACUUAGAUGCUUUGUAUCCCACUGACAACACGUCUUGCUGACAAUAGAAACCACACUUUAAACAUAAGCAAGUCUUCACCAUUUGCGCCUGUGCUGAGUUGUCCGGAAUAUCCUCUAGGCUGGAACGCAACGCCCGCAACUUUGCCGCUGAACAUUGCCAAGAUCACAGGCCUCGAAGAAGUGGCAAAAUGUCAGCUGCGGUGGGUACAGAAGCAACCUGCUGUUCGCCGCCUUGUGCUCGGCAUCUUGAUUGGAGCGAGCCCUUGGAAUUGGAUCAUCCUGAGACACCUUUUCAGGUGAUCCUGGCUGCAGAUUGCCUCUACUCCCUCGAAGGCGCUGCUGCAUUGGCCGCAGUGGUAAAUGCGCUUUGUUGCGAACCAGAGAGUGCUGCCUUCGGUGCCAAAGUCUUACUCUCACAGGAGCUGCGAGCGCCAGAGGUUUUGGAGAGUUUCCUGGAAAAGGUGAUUCGAGCAUUCCGAGUAUCGCGAUUACCAUCCCCGCCCACCCUAGAGCAAGCAGCACCAUGUGUGAUGCUAUAUCGUUUGCAACCAAGAUGUACACAUUGAUGCAACGAAGUGAGAGAUGCGUGUGAGUGAGCGUGACAGAGUUGCCGCCGUGUGCGAAAUGUUACCAGGGCCGGUGCAGGGUGAUGCGGAGUGGUUGAGGGGUUGAGGGCAGCAUCAUUCUUUGGGUGCAGGUGUGCACCGCUUGGCACCACUUGGCGUACUGGUCACACGUGGUUCCAUGUUCCAGCAGCAGGUUUCAGCCCCCAAAGGGCUACAUGAGGUCGGCGGUUUCUUUGGACUCGCAGUUCCAGUGAAGAGCGCAUGUGAAGCUUGCAA